AAGAUUGAGAUGCAUGAUUUGAUUCGAGAAAUGGGCUGGCGUAUUGCAAGGCAAGAAUGCCCUAGGCGCCGGAUAUGGCUCCGUGAGGAUAUUGCUGAUAUUUUUUCUGAAAAUAAGGGGUAAGGGAAAAUAAUCUCAUAUCAAAUGCUGUCGAAGUCCAACUCAGAGGAAGAUACUUUACACCUGAGCACUGAAGUCUUCAAGCAUAUGAAACGACUAAGAAUAUUUGCAUCAUGGUCUCAGAACAACUUGAUGCAUGACUCCAUUAAUUAUCUUCCUAACAGCUUAUGCUGGUUAAUUUGGUCAUAUUAUCCUUCACCAUCGUUGCCAAAAGAUUUCGAACCAUCAAAGCUGGUGGUGCUUAGUAUGCGGUAUAGUUAUGUGAUUAACCUCUGGGAGGGGUCAAAGCAUUUAAACAGGUUGACCCUUCUUGAUUUGAUUGGCUCCCGUGAAUUAAUUCAAAUUCCAGACCUAUCGGGGUCUCCAAAUUUGGAGAGGCUAAUCCUACAUGAAUGUAUUCGGCUUGAAGAGGUCCACCCAUCUGUUGGAGCCCUCAAAAAGCUUAUUAUAUUAGAUGUGAGAGAUUGCGAAAAACUUGAAAGGCUUCCCACUAUGUUACAGUCGGGGGUUGAAGUUCUAAAUUUUUCUGGUUGUCGGAGUUUGAGAAAAUUUCCAGAAAUUCAGAAAAAUGUGAAUCGCUUAACAGAAUCAACAUGGGCAUUUGAACAUGGGGAUAUCCCGGAAAUUCUAGAUUUGAGUGGCUGCAGUAACAUUGAAACACUCCCUAGCAGCAUUUGCAGGUUGAAAACAUUGAGGCUUCUUUGCCUCAAUCGCUGUACCAAAAUAAAGAACUUGCCAGAAGACAUUUGUGAUCUUGUAAACUUGGAGGGGCUUGAUGCAACUGAAACUUCGAUCUGGUGCAUCCCAAAUUCCAUCACACUCUUGGAGAAACUAAGGUGGUUAUCUUUUCGAAAAGUACCUAAGUUUUUUCAAGAGAGCGAGUUAUGCAGUUGGGGAUGUUUUGCCCAACUUGAUUUGAACUUUCAGCUGCCCAGUAAUUUACCAUCUGGCACACUUAAAAAACUGGAUCUUGGUGCUUGCAAUUUAGUUGAUGGCAGUAUUCUUGAAGACCUUGGAUUCUUGGCCUCAGUAUUGACCUUAAUUCUGAGCAGAAAUAGCUUCACCUAUUUACCUAAAAGCAUUGCACUACUUAACAGCCUUCAAUUCCUUGACAUAACCUAUUGUGAAAAGCUUAAAGAGCUGCCAGAGCUUCCUCCACGUAUAAUUGGACUGUUUGCAGAUGAUCGCUUUGCUUUGCAGAUCAUUCCAACACUACCAGCCAUGUACAAAGAGCUGUGCUUGGUCUCCUUUGCUAACCUGAAGUUGCAAGAGAUGUGGUGUAAUUCACACAGAGAAAGUUCUGGUGUGCAGAUGAGAAACUGUCCAAGGGAGAAUAUGACUGACAUGCUAGAAGACAUUCUCCCUCCAUUUUGGUCAAUGGUGCAGCAAGAGUUGGUUUUCGAUGACCAGCGCACAGCUGGAAGGGCAUUUGUUAUUGUCUUCCCUAGAAGUUAUCCACGUGAUAAGGUUCCUUCAUGGUUCACAUAUUUUGGGAAAUGUGCAGAAGGCGAUGUGCUUCAAUCUAAACAAACACUGGUACAAUGAUAAGUUUCUGGGAUUUGCUAUCUAUUGUCAGCUUCCAUUCUUAAAUGAGGAAUCGCCACAAGACAGGAGUUUAUCAUUCAGUAUGUUGUGUUGUACAGGUCACUAUAAAAUUGGUGCCAGAUCGUGCUUCUAUUGAUCAACAACCUCUUGAAAAAAUAAUUUGUCUGUCAGUGUCGAGAGUAGUUGCAUGUGGCGGUCAUGACGGCUUUAUUUUCUUUCACAAGGCGCAUCUCAAAGGAAAAGGUAAGGAUACUACUUUGGUAAACGAUCCAAAUGACUACUGUAGAUUUGAGGUAUCUUUAGGUUCCCAUAUUCCAUUACAUUUGGGACUUCGUCUGGUGUAUGCUGAUGAUAUUGAGGUGAUGAUGAAAUCUUGUCGGUCUAGCAGAGUCAAGCGCUUGUGUGAAGAGAAAUCGUACUGUGUGUUCUGAGGCUGCGAAGAUUGUCCGUCCCAGGGGAAAUAAGUCAUUUUUAUGGGACACUUAUAUUUUAUAUAUUUUAUGCUUGAAAGAGCUGUUUUUUUUCCCUUUAAAGUCAUUUCCACUGCAGUUAAAGAGUACU